GUGCCGCCCGAGCAACUGGUCUUCGUGCGAUGGCCAAAUGAGGAAGACGUAAAGCAGUUGGUGCCCAAAGAUGCGGAGGCACCCAGAGCCAACACAAAACGACUGGAAGAACUCGUGCCUCCAGGUACUUGGCCAGAUGGCCCCACUUUGCCUGGAUGGGACCGAAUCUGCCUGCUGGACAUGAAUGCAGAAGAAGCUUUGCAGCCAAAUGACGUGGCAAAGUUUGAUGCCUUCGUGUUCGGCGGCAUUCUGGGAAAUGUGAUUGAGAACGAAGAUGGAUCUUAUGGCAGUGAUGACCGGACGUCCGAGAUUCGUGCAGCGUUCAAGCACAGGAGGCAUUUGGGCCCUUGGCAAAUGACCACUGACUCUGCGAUGCUCUACACGCAGAAGGUCUUGGAACAUGCCUGCCCAUUGGCCGAAAUCCCUGGCAUCGAAUCUCCAGAGUUUGAACGGCCCAGAGACUGCAAACGAGGACCCCAAGAUGCUUCUGACUCCGUAUGUAUGGAGGGCUUCCGCUAUAUGGCGCGACGUGGUCCUGAAGGUGAAUGGGAACCCAUACUGCCAGAUGCAGCGACCUCAAUGCGGAAAAGGCUGAUAUUGGUGGACCAUCCUUUUCGUGAAGAGAGAACGAGAGAACAUUGA